AUGUAUUUUGAGACUGAUAUAGGAGAAAAUGUGUCUGUGGAAGAGCUAAAAUUGUGUUUAGAAAGAGAAACUCCUCUGUCCAUCAGUGAGAAAGUAACUGGGAAAAAAUCUCCAAAAAGCGAAAUCUCCCAACUAGCAAAACCAAGGUACUUUGUGCUGGAUUUUGAGACGGGAAUUCUGCAGUAUUUUGUGAAUGAACAAAGUAAAAACCAGAAGCCACGAGGAACCUUGUCUUUAGCUGGAGCUAUAAUAUCACCCAGUGAUGAAGUGCCACACAUGUUGGUGGUCUACUCUGCUAGUGGAGAGAUGUAUAAGUUGAGAGCUGCUGAUGCAAAGGAGAAACAAUAUUGGAUAACUCAGCUUCGAUCCUGUGCCAAACAUCACAAGGAAGGUAAUUCUAAGAGCAUUUCAUCCUCGAGAAGUAGAAGCUCAUCUCUGCUGCCGUCUGGGACAGUUAAUUCUGCAUCUCCUAGUGGCCAGAAACUUAUGAAUCAAAGUGGGCCAACUGUUGUAACCAUCACACAUCACAAAUCACCUGCAGCUGCUCGAAGGGCAAAGAGCCAGCGUUCUGGUCAACUCCAUGAAGUCAGAGAG